UAAGUCUUAGGCCGUGCGCUGCGUUAAGCGGGUGCACGGCGCGGGCAUCCGACGCGGGCAUCCGUCGCGGGCAUCCGCGUCGUGCUCCGUCGCGGACAAAUAGCCCGUCGCGGGUAUCCGCAACGACCUCCCGCUAAACGCAGCGCCGCCAGUACAAUUUUAGACGUGCGGGUGUACAGUCGAUUCAUAAUGGAUUAUUUGUUGAUAUACUACCUAGCCAAAAGACGACGUAGACAACAGCGGCAGCCAAUCAGCCCAUAUGUCUCGUCCAGAAUGUUGUGUGGAGAAUUUGUAACCAAGUUUACGCUAUUAAGAGAAGAUGAGAGGAGAUUUUUUAAGUAUUUUAAAAUGUCAACGUCUACAUUUGAUGAAUUAUUUUCGAAACUUGAACCAUAUUUGAAACAUAGUGCUAAUACUCUAAAAGUAAGAAGUGUAUCAAUUAUAUUACCAAUAGAGAGGUUGGCAAUAACGGCAAGGUACUUAGUAAGUGGACAUACUUUCGUGGAUAUGCACUUGGCGUACCAUGCGGGACAAUCUACCAUCCGAAAAAUUGUUAAUGAUGUCUGUCAAAUUAUAUGGCAAAGACUGAAAGAAGAAUGUAUACCAGUAUUUACACGUAUGCGAUGGGAAGACAUAGCAGAAGGCUUUUUAAGCAACACAAAUUUUCCUAACUGUUUAGGUGCUGUAGAUGGAAAACAUAUACGGAUUAUAAGACCACCUCACAGCGGAUCACUUUACUACAAUUACAAACAUUACUAUUCCAUUGUCUUGCUUGCAAUGUGUAACGCAAACUAUGAAUUCACCUACAUAAAUGUUGGAAUACAAGGUAAAGAAUCUGACUCUUCAGUUUUCACCAACAGCACUUUAUUUCAACAGAUGCAGGAUGAGCUAUUAGAUAUUCCUCCUCCAAAAUCAUUGCCAGUGCUACAAAAUAAUAAACCAACCAAUACUGCAGCUACCACACCAGUGCCAUACGUCAUAGUUGGAGAUGAAGCGUUUGGACUGUCUACACAUCUUAUGCGACCAUAUGCGCGGGCUAUUGCAAUGGAUCAUAGAAAGAAAAUAUUUAAUUAUAGAUUGUCAAGAGCUAGACGUUACAUUGAAUCAACCUUUGGAAUAAUGGCCAAUAAGUUUCGAAUACUUCAUCGUCCACUUAACGUUUCUAGAGAACAUGCCAUUUGUUUCAUAAAAGCAAUUUGUAUAAUGCAUAAUUUUGUACGAAAAAGAGACGGAUUCGGUAAUAUCAGCGAUGUUGUCAUAACACCCCGCCAUAUCCGCGAUAUCACAAAUGGAUUUGGGCUAGUUCAAAGAAACUCGUAUACAAUACGAGAUCAGUUCGCUGAUUACUUUGCCACAAACGGUAAGGUAUCGUGGCAAGAUCGCUGUAUUUAUUGAUUAUUUACUUAAGUUAAAAAAAAUUUGCUCGUGAAGAGGUCACAAUACAAUAGUUAAAUAACAAUUAACAUAAGUAAAUACAAAAUGUUUACUAAGCCUAAAGGUGGGUACAGACUAUGUAACAUAUUACAUGUUAUUUUAACAUGUUUUAUAUCAUUCAGUGUCCACAUUAUCUGAAACUUGUUAUAUAGCAAUGUCGUAUAACAUGUUAUGUUAUAUAGUCUGUACCCACCUUAAUAAAUGAAAGAAGUAAAUAAUUAUGUAGUAAAUAAAUUUAUAAAGUCAUAAUAAAAAGUAAGAAUUUA